ACUUGUGAAGGUGGAGUUGGACGCGGCGGCGGAGGUGGAGAUGGCGGCGGCGGCGGCGGCGACGGCGGAGGAGUACGAGGAGAUGCUCCGGGUGGUGGAGGCGAUCGCCACGCGCAUCCGGUGGCGCCUCCGGCCCCACUCCAAGCGCCGCCUCCUCAACGAUAUACUGUUCCUCUGCAGUGGGUUGCGGCCUGUGGUACUGAUGGAUUACGGUGGCACAAUGCCUGAACUACAGGACAAUCUCUGCUCCCUGCUGCAUCAUGCUCGGCAGGAGUCAAGCAUGUUGAGUCCACUAAGGCUGAUGGUUAUUAAAGAUAUGCUUUACUUGAUUCAUGCAAAGGGUCUUGCUGAGCAUGCUUCACCAAGUGCAAGGUCACAGCACAAGCUCGCUUUUGUGGACCUAGAGAAAAGCUGUAGCAAACUGCUUUCAGAAACCGAAGAGAAUGGUGCUCUGCAUGAGUUUUUAUCCAUCCAAGACCUGUUUUCAGCCAACUUCCCUGUAGAUGCAGAUGUAGAUCUGCCUAUUAUACAACCUGAAGCAAAAGGGCAGAUGUCAGAAAUUCCAGAGGGAACCACUAUGGAUAAUUUUGGCUUUCGGAUUGCUGACGGAACAUCACUGGUUAUUGAUCUGAGCACCUUCCUUGAGAGUGCCCAAAUUGCAUUGCCUUCUUUGAAUGGGUGGCUUUUGGGUUAUCCUGUAACAUAUUUGUUUUGCAAUGAAAGUGCGGAAACUGCCACACAAAAUCUCUCCAAGCACUCUCUGCAUAUCUAUAGGAUAUAUGCUGUGAGAUGUCGUCAAUCAGCUGCCAAACAGUCAGAACAGGAACUGAUGAGUUUUUCAGUUCCUUGUGACAUGAGCACCAAACGUGAUGAAGAACCAUGGGCGAAAUCAUUUCUGGCACACAUGAAUGAGAAGAUCAAGCAAUGCAAUCAUGUCUGGGCAUCAGUUCGGAUGGAGAUCGAGGUUUUCCAUAGCCAAUCAGGACUCAUUGUUUUGUAGUUCAGAUCAGCAAGCCUUUGACUAUAUGAUACCUGCAAAGUUGGCAUUCACUGAUCCUACAAGUUGCAUCUAUACCACCUGUAAAAUGGUCCAAGUUGGUGAAGCUUCUUUCAGUUCAUUCGGCAUUCAGGUGGAAUCAAGGAGGCAACGAUGAAUAGAGAUAUAUAUCAUGAUAAAUUGAUGAUCGCAUAUAUAGAUCUGUGCCUGCAACAUAGCAGAGAGAUAAUUUGUUCUGCAAUGUUCAACGACGAACAUAUCCUCUGUAGUCUGUACCACAGAUGUUGCGAAUCACAACUAUGUUUCUACUACUACUUCACUCUGAAUUCUAAUUCGGACUCAAUUAUACAUGUACUCUGCAGUUCUCUACAGAUCUUCUUAAACCUAUGAAUAAUCAAAUAUAAAUCAUCACUCUAUUG